CAGGGAGAUGGUUCAGAGGAUCCUGGACAUCCUGCGCUUCCUAUUGGCCAUCGUUCUGGCCAUGGUGGAUGGGCUGACUCAGUGGCUGAACCUGCUGACCAAACAGUACAGAGAGACAUCCACUGUCCUGUGCAACGAGCGCUACUUCAUCAUACACAAGAUACAGCAGCAUAAUGCCACAGCAGACUCCACAGAGGAGCAGCUCUCUCAGGACAGUGAGAGUCCCACUCUGGAGACCUGCCUGGAUGAGAGCGAUCCAGACCUCCCCAGAUACAGCUGCCUGGAGGUGGACAGCAGGGGGGUGACGGGCCGCUCCACCCCCACGCCCGGACUCAACAGCUCUGGGGACCUGUUGACUCCAGACCCCCCCUCCAGCAGCACGGAGCUGAUGCCAGUGGAGAGCAAACAACAGAACAGACACUCGAGAACAGCCAGUGAGCUGCUGGGAGACAGGCAGUUCUUCAUCGAGGAGCUGGAGCAGAGCAGGGACUUUUACCACACUCAGAGCCGCCCACUGCGGCUGCUCUUCACCCUCUACCACCUGCUGGCUGCCAACUCUGAGCUGGUCUGCUACCUCAUCAUCGUGAUGAACAACGGGGUCAGCGCCUCGGUCAUCUCCCUGGUCCUCCCCAUCAUGGUGUUCCUGUGGGCCAUGCUCUCUGUGCCCAGACCCACCAAGAGGUUCUGGAUGACUGCCAUAGUCUACACAGAGGUGGGGAGACACACUCCAGAAAGUAAAGUUCAUUAUUAGAACUCUUGAAGGGAAACUGGGGAAUUCUGUUGAUUUGUUUUACUACCGGAGUAAAAACAAUCCCAAAGCAUCAGUUACCCCGAGGUGCAAAAUACAACUGUAAUAUUAACUAGAGAAUGCAAUUCCUGAAGAAAUUGCUAGUGGGAAUGCUUUAUGCUGAAAAGCUGACGCUGAACUGCUAUGCCGAAAUGUAAUGCGUAAGA